AGCCGUGGACUGACUUGGUUGUUGUCGCGCAAGAUGGAGUUCCUUUUGGGAAAUCCUUACAGUACCCCAGUGGGGCAUUGCAUUGAGAGGGCCACCGAUGGCUCCCUGCAAAGUGAGGACUGGACCCUCAACAUGGAAAUAUGCGACAUUAUCAAUGAAACAGAGGAUGGGCCAAAGGAUGCUAUUAGAGCAGUCAAGAAGAGGCUCAGCGGCAACAGGAACUAUCGCGAAGUGAUGCUGGCUUUAACGGUCCUGGAGACGUGCGUGAAGAACUGCGGCCACCGCUUCCACGCUUUAGUGACCAGCAGGGACUUUGUUGAGGGCGUGCUCGUUAAAGUCAUCUCUCCAAAAAACAACCCUCCCACCAUCGUCCAAGAUAAAGUGCUCGCCUUGAUCCAGGCGUGGUCUGAUGCAUUCAGGAGCAGCCCUGACCUCACUGGUGUGGUUCAAAUCUACGAGGAGCUAAAGAGGAAAGGCAUCGAGUUCCCCAUGUCAGACCUGGAGACCCUGUCACCUAUACACACACCCCACAAGUCGGCAACUGCUCCUGAGGGCGACUCUACCCUACAUAAGUACAGCAGCACUACUCAGCCCACACCCCCCUCCGUCCCACCAGCUUAUAGCACCACUCAGGUCCCCAACAUUCAUGCCCCGGGAUCCAUCAACCCUACACCCGAACAGAUUUGCCGACUACGCAGUGAGUUGGACAUUGUUCGUGGAAACACUAAGGUGAUGUCAGAGAUGUUGACUGAGAUGGUGCCAGGACAAGAGGACACUUCAGACUAUGAGUUACUACAGGAGCUGCACAGGACCUGUAGAUCCAUGCAGCAGAGGAUAAUGGAGCUCAUCUCCUGUGUUUCUAACGAGGCGGUGACUGAGGAGCUGCUGCACGUCAACGACGACCUCAACAACAUUUUCCUCCGCUACGAAAGGUAUGAGCGGUUCAGGACUGGGAGGUCCUCAGCUCAGACUGUCAACAAUGGGCUGAGACAGGUCCUCAGUGAGGCUACAGAGGACAACCUCAUAGACCUCGGCCCAGGCUCCCCGGCGGUGGUCAGUAAUAUGCCGAACGCAGCCCCAGCCAGCCUUCCCACCUCGAUCACAGCCCCCGCAGGAGCACCCUCAUCCCCGGCCACCCUGGCCUCCCGCCUGGCCGGUUUAGAUGUUGGGGCAGACAGCGUCAGCAGCACCCUGAGCUCUCUCCCCAGCUGUAAGCCUCCAGCUGCCCAGGACGACUUCGAUGUGUUCGCUCAGACCAGGACUGGAGCCAAAUCUGAACCGCAAAAGACUGCUACAGCAGAAGACGGCCCCGCCGCUGGUGGCCCUCCUCCCACUCUGGAUGUCCUACAGCCAGCUGCAGGAGCGGAUGUCGGAGGCCAGUCCACUGUCAUGGAUGACAUAGAGCAGUGGCUGUGCACUGAUGUGCAAGGAGAUGAGGGCGAGGAAGGCGUGACAAGCGAAGAGUUUGACAAGUUCCUCGAGGAGCGAGCCAAAGCUGCAGAGAUGGUCCCGGGCCUACCGUCGCCCCCGGCCGGCAACCCGGGUGCAAAGCAGGGCACGCCCAGCCGCAAAAAGCAAGAAAGACCGGAGGACGCUUUGUUUGCCAUGUAGACCUCCCACCGUUGACCUCUGAUCCCCCCCAGCCUUAGACCUGACCAGCUGAGCAGCAUCACCCAAGGACAGACUGACCUGACACUGAAACACUUCCGUUCUGAACGACCACAACACUAUUCAGUCACACUACAGAGAUCUGUACAUGUCAUGAAAAGAGAAUUACCAAGGGCCUCCGUUAAUUUUUCACCAGAAAGAGAAAAUCAAACCAAUGGCAUUUUUUGUCCGGCCACCCCGGUGACAGAUCUCACCGAUGUCGAAGGCGACGAGUCAGCCUGCUUUCUUCUAUUUUAUGCGUAAAGAAUCUCCUUCAGCCUGUUGUGGACUGCAGAGCUUCAUGUUGCAGCUAAUCUUAAAUAGGGUAGAGUUUUAUAAAAAAUUAGUCCUUGUCAUAGUCGGGGAAAAUCCAUUUCCUAUCAGUCCCUCAGACAGUCCAACCAGACCUUUAGUUUUUACUACUAAAGAAAAGCAGACAGAAAUAUUUUCCUGUUGCAGGCAGAAGCACUGAUCGUACCUACAAAGCUCUCGUUUUGGUGUUCGUAUCAGUCCCUUUGCAAGUCUCUAAGUUGCGUUGUAAAUCUGUAAAUGGCAAAAAAAAAAUUGUCAAGAUUAUUAGUUGUGUGUAUAUUUAAGCUACAUAUGUAUGAAAGAGAUGGUAAUUUAAUGUAGAUUUUUUUGAAAGGGGUUUAUGCUCCACUUGCUUUGACAAUAGGGAUGUACCUCACCGGGAUUUAGCAAGAAAAGGGAAUAGUUAUACAUGUGAUCAUUUACUAACUUAAAAACACGAUGUCAAAGAAGGGAGUUUAGUUUGUGUUAUCGGCAUCGUUGCACACUGUACCGACGGGCGCGUUCUUUUUUUCCUUCCUCGAGAUCUGCCUUUUCACGACGUGGAACCUCUUUGAUGAACUUGCGGGCAGUUGUUUGAUGAGUUUUGCCGGUCACAACAGAUUUAUUGAGAUUAUUUUGCUGAGAUUCAUUAGCCCGAAGCUGCUAUAGUUUUAAUUCCAAGUUAUUCUCUUCAUUUAUUUGAUCAUGUUUAUGCUGAACGCAGAUGAAUCUCUUGGCAGGGAGUUAUCGAGUUUUUACUCACCGACUGUAGCUUUUAGUUCCUUUGUGAGUUGACUGUGCUGUAUGUUUCUGUCCUAAAAUUGAGCUUGAAGGACCAAAUUUGUCAUUUUUGUUCUUGAUGUUGAAGGAAAUUGCCCAGCUUUUUCCUUUUUUUUUUUUUUUUUGGAUCCGACUGAAUUUGUUAAAACUCCUGAAAAUUCGCAGUGUGUUAAUCCUGGGAUGUAAGGAGAGUCUAGCAUCACACUACAAAAGCAUGUUAUUCCCGCGCAGAUCUCCUUUUAUUUCUUUAUGCCGACGCCUCAGAAGGCCUGACCUUUCAACACGACAUUUGUUUUCAGAAAUGAGCUCGCCAAGUGCUACAAACGAGACAUUUUCCUCCCGACAAAUAGUAAAUGUUACACGAUCACAACGAGCUUAAAACAAGCGUGCACUUUGACAGUCGCGUUCAACACGUACUGUAAAUGUUCUAGCCCAGCGAGGUGUAAUCACUGCGAGCAGAUCUCACUUUAUCAGCACUACUUUCAUUUCUUCAGAUCAGUAUUUUGAAAUGGCUUUAUUGUGCAAAAUGGAAAACGGGAAAUGAAUUAAGGGAAAGGAUAGGAAAUUGCUAAUGUGUGUGUGUGUGUGUGUUGUUUUUUUUUUCUUUCUUUUUUUUGAUUUUUAUACAAUGCUGCUGGACAAUGCAUCUGAUUUAUUAUGGUUUAUUGGUUAUGUGAUUAAUCCCUUUGGUUGGGAGUGUCCAUACAUAAACAUAAGGUGAUGGAUUCUGGUUCUCCGCUGAUUGGUAGCUGUCAAAGAAUCACGUUUAUCUCAUGAAGGAUACAUAUGUUAAUACAUUUUCUGUGUCGCUUUGAAUUUCAUGAACCGACCAGCACAUGGAGGAAAAACUAACAAAAUAAAAAAAUCAGACAUAAAUACUUGGGACACUUUCAGCAAAGCAUCAACAUUGCACAUUUUGAAAGGGAGACUUCCUUUCUCCUUCCUUGUUUUAGUGUUGUAAGUGCGUGUCAGCUGUUCUGUAAAGGAGGAGAAACAUUUUAUCUCAAUUGAUGGAGGAAAAAAGAAAAAAAAAGCCGCCUCCUGAUCUGUGUUAAAAGAAUAUUUGUUAAUAUCCUCAGUAGCGUCCAGGAUCGAUCUGGUUUAUUUCAGCGUGAGCGAACAAUCCGUUCCUCUGUAUUUCGCUGGAUUAAAAACGAAAAGAUGCUCACAAGGGAGGCUGUGCUGCGUGACUGCUAACUUUCCUGAGUUGCCUCAUCUCUCAUUUCUCUUUGUGUUGUUUGACUUAUGCAUGAACUCUAAUAAAACAUUAGCAGUGUGUGAUCCGCA